AUGGAACACACCCUAAGCCCAAUCCUUCUCCAAAAAGGAGACUCCUCUCGCACGCCGCUCUUCCUGCUCCACGAUGCCGGCGGCACGGUAUUCAACUACUACAAGCUCGGAAACGUAGGCCGACCCAUCUACGCGAUCUCAAACCCGUGGAUCAAAUCGGAGACAAAAUGGGAGGGUGGAUCGAUGCGAUUCGUCCAUGAGUAUAUCGAAUUGAUCAAGAGCGUGGUGUCGUCGGGGGAGAUCCUAGUCGGAGGCUGGUCCCUCGGCGGCCAACUCGGCAUCGACAUCGGACGCGUCCUCGCCUCAAACCCGCGCUCGCGACUCUCCGUCGUCGGCGUCGUCAUGAUCGACACCCUCUACCCCUACUGGGGACCACCCGAGACCCCCCACGCCGAGUUCCCAGUCGACUUAGUCCUGCGCAACUGCCCGGAUGACUUACGCGCGGAGAUGCUCCGAUGCAUGCAGUGGUCGAAGGAAGACAGCGACGAGUGGGUGCUACGGAACUGGAAAGACAACGCGGACGAUCUAGAGGAACUCGAGGCCGAGGAGCCCCCGCCGGGAGUGCUGAUCCUAGCUAAGGGAUAUGUCCCUGUGGGAGAAGGACAGGGGGAACGACGCGUGAUGGUGGACUAUUUGCGGGAGAAGAGGGUCGGGUGGGAUUUGUUUCCGCAUCAGUUCAUUGCGGCGGUGUGGGAGGUUGGAGGGCACCAUUUUGGGUUGUUUGAGAAGGAUACGAUCCGAGCAACGACGGAGAAAGUUCGACUGGCUUGUGAUCUGUUGGCGGAUGACUGA